AUGGCGAACAACCUUAAAAGCGCUCCACCCUUCCGGGCUGAGCAGAUGGGCUCACUACUACGUCCAGACAACCUAAUUGAGGUGCGCGAGAAGAUUGCCGAUACCGGAAUCUCGGCCGAAGCCGCCGGACUGCCUGCCAUCGAACAAGAAGCCGUCCGUGAGGUCGUCAAGAUGCAGCAAGACCUUGGGUUCAAGGCCGUUACUUCUGGCGAGUUCAACCGCACCCGAUUCUGGGGAUUGAUGUGGGAUGAGUUCCAGGGAACAAUCCGUCUCCAAAACGCCGAAGCCUCAAUGUUCAGACUCUACCACCCAGACGUGGUGAGCCUGAUCGAAAAGGACCACAAAGUGAUGCCUGGCGACUCCGUGAUCGCAGCCAGCAAGCUAUCCCACAGCACCUCAACCUCAAAGUCCAACCUGCACGAACUGCGUCUGGUGCAGGCGUCGUUGCCGCAGAGCGAAUGGGCCAAUAUCAAGCUGACGAUGAUCACGCCCGCGUGGUUCCACAUGCGCUACAAGCAAGGACGUGCGUACACGGCUGAUGCCUAUUCCAAUGACGCCGAGUACUUCGCCGACGUUGCGAAGGUGUAUCGUGCCGAGCUGGCGUCGCUGUAUGCGGCCGGUCUGCGGAACGUGCAGUUUGAUGAUCCUGGUAUGGCUUAUUUCUGCUCUACGGCGUUCCGGGAGGGCUGGGAGGCGGAUCCUGAUAAUGAGGGAUCUGUGGAGGAUUUGUUGGAUGCUUAUAUUAAGCUGUACAAUGAUUCGCUUGUUGGAUUGCCUGCUGAUAUGCAUACGGGUAUUCAUCUUUGUCGGGGAAAUUUUAUUGGUGGGCGACACUUCUCUGAGGGAUCGUAUGAUAUUAUUGCAAAGAAGUUGUUUGAGGACUUGGAUGUUGAUACCUUCUAUUUGGAGUAUGACACUGAGCGGGCUGGGGGCUUUGAGCCACUGAGGUUCUUGCCGAAGAACAAGAAUGUUGUGGUUGGAAUUAUCAGUACCAAGUUGCGUGAUUUGGAAGACAAGGAGGCUAUGAAGCAGCGUGUUUACUCGGCUGCUGAUUUUGUUGCUGAAGGGUCUGGGGAGACUAGGGAGGAGGCGCUCAAGAGGGUUUGCAUCAGUCCUCAAUGUGGGUUUAGCACUCACGAGAGUGGAUAUCCUCUUCUUGUUGAGCACCAGAAGAAGAAGUUGAGUCUGGUGAGGGAAAUUGCGGAUGAGGUUUGGGGAGAGGCUUGA